AGACGAAAUAUUCUGGUAUCGGUGUUCACGAGAUUAUACAGAGUUUUUUGAAGGAAUCUCACACGCUGCGAUUCAGCCCAAAUGACAUCGUUUGCGAGCGAUGUUUUCAGAAAAUCAACCAGUAUGAUUUGGCGUGUCGAAUGGCCGACGAAAUUCAACAAGAUGUUACAAAUGCAUUGUACGCCACUGAACAGCAAUAUAUAAGCGAAGAACCAGUAGAAUACCUGGAAGAUGUACAAAGUGAAAAAAAUUCUUGCCAAAAAGAUUUCGAAGAAUUUCAGGACCAAUAUGAUAUGCAGAAUGUACAAGAGAAAGGCAAUAAUCAAGCGGAGAACAUAGAAACAGUGCACAUAUCGAGCAUUGAUGACGCAAUAGAAGAGGUGCUCGAUCCAUCAAAAAAGCAAACCAAUGACUUCACACCAGCUAAGCGGAAAAGUCACGCCGGCUGUGAGGAGUGUGACAUUCCAUUCGGUACCAAAAAAGAGCUGAAGCAACAUCAACUACGCUAUCAUACCCCAAAGAAGUGUGGAGUUUGCCAAAAGGUGUUCGACAAUCAGUUGGAACUGAGAAAUCAUGCACGCCAAGAUCAUGAAAUUGAACACUGCUCAAAUGAUGAGGCUGAAUCCAGUCGUGGAGAAGUAUCAACCGGCGAAAGCGAUAGCAAUCUUCGAUGCGAAAUAUGUGGCAUCACCGAAAGCACCAAUGAGUCAUUAGCCAACCAUGUCGGUUUACAUGAGAAUCAGCUGAAAUGUGUGGUGUGUAACACGAUUUUGAAACAUCGAGCCAACCUGGUCUUACACAUGCGGAUUCAUGCCGACAAGAAAUUCUUCAAAUGCGAUAAAUGCGAAAAGACCUUUGUGCACAAAUCAUCACUUCGGAUGCAUUUACAAACGACGCACACCGAAGUUCGUAACAAACAGUGCCCAGAAUGUCCGUUGAAAUUUAAAACAACGUCACAGCUCAACCAGCACCUAGUAACGCACACUGGCAUCAAAAGACACCAAUGCCCAGAAUGUGGCAAAGCAUUUGGCCAAAAGUACAAUAUGACAGCUCAUUAUAAAUCACAUUUUUUCAACAAAGUCCAAAGACGCGUGCGAACCCGAACCAAGCCAACUUCCACCGUUCAUAUGAAAAUGGAAAUGUAAUAACUAUUACAUAUCACCAAUAAAAUUGAUUCGAUCCAUUAACUAGAUUCUGAUGUUUUGUGUGCGCAUUGGUGAGUGGCGCCAUCUGGUGACAAACCGCUCCAUCUCCUCAA